UGUCCCCAGGCGCAGAGCCGCCACUUGCUGUCAGUGAAUCCUCGCGAAGGUCACGCGGGUGACUCCGAGAUAUAUUGGGAGCGUUGUGCCUCGCACGAGAAUUUUCACGACCAUUCGACGUGACGUCCGCUGCCUUCGACAUGCUGCCCCGAUUUCUCAGGCCCGCCGUAAAUGUCACGCGACAGGGCGCGAAGCGGUUGUCGACGAGCGCCACGCGCAAUGCAAAAGUCAGCGUCAUGGGAGCGAGCGGUGGCAUUGGCCAGCCACUGUCCUUGCUCCUCAAACACUCACCCCUCAUCACGGAAUUGUCACUGUACGAUAUCGUAAACACGCCCGGCGUCGCCGCCGAUCUCUCACACAUGAACACCCCUGCGAAGGUCAAGGCUUACAACGGUCCAGAACAGCUUAAAGAUUCCCUCAAAGGGGCACAGGUCGUCAUCAUACCUGCGGGCGUUCCACGCAAGCCGGGCAUGACCCGCGACGACCUGUUCAAUACGAACGCCUCCAUCGUCCGGGAUCUCGUCGUUGCGAUGGCCGAGGUCGCGCCAAAGGCCUUCGUGGCGAUUAUCUCGAAUCCGGUCAACAGCACAGUGCCAAUCGCGAGUGAGGUGCUACAGAAGGCCGGUGUUUACGACCCUAACCGUGUGUUCGGGGUAACCACUUUGGAUAUCGUCAGGGCAAACGCGUUCAUCGCGGAAGCGAAGGGUCUUGAUACGCAGAAGGUCAACGUCCCAGUCAUCGGUGGACACAGUGGCAUCACUAUUAUUCCGUUGAUCUCGCAGUGCACGCCGUCGGUUUCCUUCCCGGAUGACCAACUUAAAGCGCUCACCGGGAGGAUCCAAGAGGCCGGUACCGAGGUCGUUAAGGCCAAGGCGGGGACCGGAUCCGCGACUUUGUCCAUGGCUUUUGCCGGCGCGCGAUUCGGUCUCUCGUUGAUCAGGGCGUUGAAUGGCGAAACGGGUAUCAUCGAAUGCUCGUACGUCAGGUCGAGCGUCACCGACGCGAAAUACUUUUCUACGCCGAUCCUCUUGGGCAAAAAUGGAGUUGAGAAGAAUUUGGGAUUGGGUAAACUGAGCAGCUUUGAGCAGAAACUGCUGGACGCCGCCAUCCCGGAGCUCAAGAAAAAUAUUCAGAAGGGAGAAGAUUUUGUAAAUAAAAAGUGAAUUCUCCGUCGGGCCUUAGCCGAAUAGAACACGAUCUGUCGUAAUUGCGCGUGAAAAUUGUCGGCCUUGGUUGCACGCCUCGCAACUGUCACAAUAAUCGAAGUCUUUUUGACCGGGAAUAUAUCUUCCAAUUUUACCGACCUGCUGCCAUGCAUGUAAACGUGUAGAACCACGGAGUAGAUGAUCGAAUAUUGAGAUUAUGUAAGUAUUGUAAAUGAAAAAUAUAUAAAUUGCAGAGAAAGAAAGAUUAUAUAUAAAGUAUAACGUAUGAAACAUGUAAAGAACGUAUAAAAUAUUAGGAUUUUUCAAAAUGUCCGCUCGAACAAUUUCUUGUAUAAUGUAGCGAAGAUUGGAAUAAACGCUCUUUCGGCUAAA